AUGGUGGUUCGCUGCGUUCAUCAGCUCGUCAAUUCGCAUGCUAGCAACAUUCGUUCCGGUUGGCCAGUGAUCUUUGCUGUUUUUCAGCGUCUUGCGGCUACCAGCUCAGAUGAGGUAGUCAUUGAUCUUGCCUUCUCUGCUUGCCAGUUUGUGGUUCAGGAGGUUCUGCCUCUACACUUCUACAUCCUCGUUUCGGCAUUCCAA